AUGGGGAAAGGAGCAGCAGCUGAGCGCUUCUUCAGUGACAAGGACGCCUUUCAUGACAUUGCCCAGGUUGCGUCAGAGUUCCCAGGAGCCACACACUAUGUAGGAGGAAAUGCAGCUUUAAUUGGACAGAAGUUUGCAACCAACUCAGAUUUAAAGGUUCUUCUUUGUGGUCCAAUUGGCCCAAAGCUGCAUGAGCUUCUUGAUGACAAUGUCUUUGUACCACCAGAGUCACUGCAGGAAGCAGAUGAGUUCCACCUCAUUUUAGAGUACCAAGCAGGGGAGCAGUGGGGCCAGUUAAAAGCUCCCCAUGCCAACAGAUUCAUCUUCUCUCACGACCUCUCCAACGGGGCCAUGAAUAUGCUGGAGGUGUUUGUGUCUAGCCUGGAGGAGUUUCAGCCAGACCUGGUGGUCCUCUCUGGAUUGCACAUGAUGGAGGGACAGAGCAAGGAGCUCCAGAGGAAGAGACUCUUGGAGGUUGUAGCCUCCAUGUCUGACAUCCCCACUGGCGUUCCAGUUCACCUGGAGCUGGCCAGUAUGACCAACAGGGAACUCAUGAGCAGCAUCGUGCAUCAGGUCUUCCCUGCAGUGACUUCCCUUGGGCUGAAUGAACAGGAGCUGCUAUUUCUCACCCAGUCGGCGUCUGGACCCCACUCUUCUCUCUCCUCGUGGAAUGGAGUUCCUGAUGUGGGCAUGGUCAGUGACAUCCUCUUCUGGAUCUUGAAAGAACAUGGGAAGAGUCAAAGCAGAGCCUCAGACCUCACCAGGAUACACUUCCACACACUGGUCUACCAUAUCCUGGCAACUGUGGAUGGACAUUGGGCCAACCAGCUGGCAGCCGUGGCUGCAGGCGCACGCGUGGCGGGAACACAGGCCUGUGCGACAGAAACCAUAGACACUAGCCGAGUGUCUCUGAGGGCACCUCAAGAGUUCAUGACAUCCCACUCAGAGGCAGGCUCAAGGAUCAUAUUUAACCCCAACAAACCAGUGGUAGAAUGGCAUAGGGAGGGAAUAUCCUUCCAUUUCACGCCAGUGUUGGUGUGUAAAGACCCAAUUCGAACUGUGGGCCUCGGAGAUGCCAUUUCGGCCGAAGGACUCUUCUAUUCAGAAGUACACCUUCACUAUUAGGAAGGUUGUUGUGGGCCAUUUUUCAGAGGAAGGAGAACUAGCCAACUUGAGAAUUACAGGAAGAAGAUGGUUUGGAAAAUACAGCUGAGGGUGUCAGAACCGCUAGUAGAGCUAGUUGGAAGACAGCCAAAGAAACAAAAGCAGAUUAAACUGUGUCAGAUACAUUCCAGCCUGUUGGCAAUUACAUAAAAACAUUUCAGGUUUUAAUCAACAAUUUAGCUGAGACUGGAUUUUUGUUUCUUAUGUUUUGUGUCACAGGGCUAAAACCUUAAUUCCCAGAUCCCAGUUGAUGCAGCAGCAUCUAGCAUUUUAAGCCAAACCUCUUCACCCUUGAGAGCACGUCAGCUGGAGAAAGCACUUGCCUCUUGCCCACUCGAGACGCACACGCCUGCUCCCCGCAGUCCUGGCCUCAGUGAAGCCUGAGGUCCUGUGUCCCUCUGCUCCCUGCUCAUGGGCAGAAUCAUGACUUCCAUUCAGUGUUACAAUGACAAUAUUUAAUGACAUACCUUCUCAGUCCCCUCUCAGGCUUAGAGCCACACGCAAGGACAAGGCCACCCUUCUUGUGUUUUGCAAUCACCCCAGGAAACGGGAGCCUUGGAGGGAGUCGUUCCUUCUGCAGUUUGGAAGCCUGGGUGGCGCUAUGAGCUGAGGAUGAGCCUUCCUGUCCUGGCUUCUUAGACUGCCUGGGCUCAGCGUCACUGCCCAGCUCUGGAUGUGCUUUCUGCGGUAGAAGAUGUUUUUGUUCGUUCUGAGUCUUCGAGGACAUCUGCUCUUACAACUGGAAUAUGCUUGUGUGUAUCAGAUCGUGUAUGUUUUAUGUUUUCAUUCAUUAAAGAAUUUGACCUCCUGAGAGCCCCAGGAUCAUGAAUACGUUUGUCAUGUUAUAUAUUUAUUUUUUUAUAAAUAAAGAUUUGUUUGCUUUUAAAUAUAUUAAAAACAAUUUACAUUUCAGGA